AUGGAUCCUCAGAAUGGGUUUGUGGGAGGUCAGCAAGAUAUGCUUGCACAAAGUUUAGAAAACCUGUCUUUUGGGUCGUCUGAAAAUUUAAACACUACCCAAAAUUCUAAUAAUAAAGCACCGAGAUCGAAGAGAAGAGGUAAUCAUGCUUUCCAUAAUCUCACGUCUCAGUCUCAACUAUUACAGGACUCAUACGUGGAUCCUAACGAGGCGGCAUUCGCUAUUGGUUUAGUACCUCCGCAAAUGAAUGCCAGCAAUAUUUUGAACCAAACACCUACGAUGGCAGGUACACCAGCUUUUCAACAACAAGGAUUUGUUCAAGCAUUAGAACAGCAUAAUUCAAAUGCACCUACACAACAGCUUGCAUCACAAAUAGACGAUUCCAAACAUGUUCUUAGAAGUCCGAAAGUUCAAGAAAGAGGUGUCUCUGAAAAUUCUGACCUAUACAAUAUAAAUACACCGACUGUUAUUGAUGAUUUGUCUAUUUCAUCACUUAGAAAUAAAAUGAAUGAAACCUAUCAAAAAGAUCCUUUCUUGAGCUUCGAACAUGUUUCGCCACCUCUCGCGGGCACAAGAUACCAGGCUAUUGACCAAGCGAAUGCUACACCACAUUAUUCUAGAAUGACAUUAUACAGUGUUCCAUACUCUGAAGAGUUGAGAAAACAAUCUAAAAUACCAUUAGGUAUGGUUUUGCGACCAUUUGCAGAAUUCGUUCCAGAAUCGGAAGUUCCAAUGAAGGUCCCACAAAUUAAGAUUUUUCAAGGCCAGACAGUUCCAAGGUGUAGAAGAUGUCGUGCAUAUUUAAACCCAGGUAUGCAAUAUGGAAUCAAUACAAUGACUUGUAAUAUUUGUGGAUUUGUGUCUCCUGUUCCUGAGGAGUAUGCGGCUACUGUAGAUCAUCGUGGUAUUAGAGAAGAUUACCAUAUACGUCCAGAACUUCAUACAGGUGUCGUCGAUUAUGUUGUUCCUAAAGAUUACAAUUUAGAUUCGGAGGUUGAACCAAAUCCAACACACAGGGUAUUUUUGAUCGACUUAACACAUAGUGCCUAUAAAUCCAAACUUGUUGAAACAGUGUGCUCUGCUGUAAGAAUGUCUCUUUAUAAAGAUGAUGGUACCUCUAAUUUGCCUGAAGGCACGAAAAUUGCAAUAGUUGGUUAUGACACAAGUUUACACUUUUAUGAUUUAUCCCCAGGUUUGCUGCAAGCUUCUGUUUCCAUAGUUACCGACUUGGAAGAUCCAUUUAUUCCAUUUGAAGGGGGCCUUUUUGUCGAUCCUGUAGAAUCUUCUGAUAUUAUUGAACUGACAUUGGCUACAAUUGAACAGAGUAUUAGGUAUAUUCAGCCUGAACCAGCUUUAGGUUCAGCCUUAAAAGUAUGUGGUGACUUGUUGAGCGAAGUUGGUGGUGGUCAAAUUAUUGCAGUUUUGUCGACUAUUCCGUCAUUUGGACCCGGUAAUUUAAUUCCAAAACAACAAACUAACGGUAAGUCCGAUUUGGAGUUUAUCAAGGAAACAACAACAGCUGAUAAUAAGUAUUAUCAACAGUUGACUGAUAAAUUUAUAAAAAACAAUAUUGGUGUCAACCUAUUUGUUGCAUCUCAAUCAAAUGUGGACUUGAUUAAUCUUGCCUCAUUUGCGACAGGCACAGGAGGAACCAUCCGGGACUUCCUACCAUUUAAUGUUGAAAGGGAUGAGAUCACGCUUAUCUUUGAAAUUAAGAAGGCCGUUCAAAAUCUUGCAGGUUAUCAAUGUCAAUUGAAAAUCCGUUGUUCUCACGGUUUACAUGUGAAGGAUUACUAUGGCCCAUUUCCUACUACUUCCGGUGUAAAUGCACCAACUAUCGCAAUUGUUAGUGGUGACACAUCAAUUGUAGCUGAUUUUGCUUAUGACAACAAAUUGGACACAAAAAAAGAUGCACAUUUCCAAGCUGCAUUGUUAUAUACAUCAAAAGAUGGUGUUAGGAAAGUUAGGGUUGUGAACAGCAUUUUAUCAGUUACCCAAAAAAUAAAUCAUGUCUUUGACUUUAGUGAUCAAGAUGCAGUUGCUAAGGUUUUGAUUACCAAAGCGUGUGAGAAUUUCAGGAGUUCCGCUUUAACCGCAACUAAAAACUCUUUGAUCAUGGAGUGUGCCGAAAUUAUGGCCUCUUAUAAACAUCAUGUUGCUAGUUACAACGCCAUGCCAACCCAGUUGAUCUUACCCCAGAGUUUGAAGACUUUACCAAUGACGAUUUUAGCUGUUUUAAAGAGCAAGGCGUUUAGGCAAAAAUUGCACUUUUCAGAUUUACGUGUGGAUUCCUUAACUAAGCUAUCUCAAUAUAAUUUAACAAAACUUUCAACUUAUCUUUACCCUGCAUUGUUCUGCAUUCAUUCCUUAGAUGAAGAUGACUUCAUGGUCGAUGACGAAACAGGAUUGAUGAAUAUUGGCAAAAUGCUACCUUUAAGUGUAUCAAAUCUUGAAUUUGGAGGUGCUUACUUGAUAUUCAAUUGUGACAGAAUUUUUAUAUGGCUACACAGUGAAGUUAACCCACUACUAUUACAAGACUUGUUUGGACCACAUAUUGAUUCACUAUCAAAAGUAACUUCCCAUAUUUCUAGCUUACCUGAUUUAGAUACUUACAUCUCCCACCAAGUCAGGAAUAUGAUAAGUUUCUUAACUAAGCAUUAUAAUGGUUUGGAAAAACAGAGCAUUGAGAUUUGUAGAUUUAGGGUUGAUCCAAAUGAGAUGGAAUUCCAUCAAAUGUUUGUCGAAGAAAAAUCGGAUGAUUUAGUUUGGUCAUAUGCGGACUUUCUGAAGGAGCUACACAAACAGAUUGAUAUUAAAGAAAAAGGUAUUUCGUCCCUAAAUUCAGCCAAUUCUAAUGAUAAUGAUGGUGAAAAUAUCAGCAGAAAGUUUGGAAUCUUUUGA